GAUAAAAAUGUACGUGGCAUUAUGCAUUAUAAAUAAUUAUUAUUUAGUAUACAGUUCAGUUGAUACUCAGACAAUCGAAUUCUGUUCAUAAUAAUUUUAAAACUUUCUUUAAUUAAAACAUAAUUUUAAGUAAUUAAAAAACUGUUUUAAGUUAUUUUACAAAAUGAAAAUAGUUGUGUCAUUAAAAGCAAUAUUGGUGUAUUUCUUAAUACAAUCAACAGGAAUUUUUUCAAGUUCUAAUAAUUCUUUAAAUUCAACAGAAGAAUUAGAAGAAUAUUAUUCACCGUGGGACUUUAGUGACGGAGAAGAAUUAGAAGAAUAUUAUUCACCUUGGGACUUAAGUGACGAUGAUGAAGAAGUUACCAGGGAAAAUCAGUGCAGAAUUUGUUUAGGUGCUCUUGCUGAAGAAACAUGUACUUUAAAAUGUUGUAACACUAAGUAUUGUAAAGAAUGUAUUAUUCCUUGGCUAUACACAGGUGUUGAUAAAUGUCUCUUAUGCGCUAAUAAAAUACCCAAUUUGUGUUAUGCAUGUAAAUCGGAUAUUUCUGAAGAUGGGAAAAAGUAUGUGACUACAUGUUGUAAAAGAAGAUUAUGUUUCAAUUGCUUUUUGCAUAAUAAUAAAGAAAAAUUUCUUUUAUGUUGUCCUUUUUGCAACAAGAUUAGACAAAAACGUAAACAAUAUGAUGUAAGUAAGUUGAAAAUAUUAUGUAAGGAAUGUAAAACAAAGAAAGGAAAAUAUAGCUAUUCUUCAAUUUGUCCUCACGAAUUUUGCAAGGAAUGCUUUAAACAGAAAAUUAAAGAAAACGAUCAUUGCCCAUAUUGUAAUCAACCACUCAUAAAACGAAUGAGCAAUCAGUGCAGUUGUUGUUUCGAGGCUAUUUCUAAUAAAACUGAUACAUUUAAACAUUGUGAUUCUAUUUUUUGUGUAUCAUGUAUUUUAAGUUCACUAAAAAUAAAAGGAAAUACGAACUGUUUAAUUUGCUCUAAAGAUGUAAUAACUACCGCAUGUCAUUUAUGUAAAUCAGUUAUUCCUGAAGAUCAUGGAAAAAUUUAUUUGACAAAAUGUUGUAAAAAGAGAAUAUGUCAUUCAUGUUUGUAUUCAGACUUUAUCGGACCAGGAAAGUCUGAUAUGUAUGUGAUAUGUCCAUGUUGUUUUUACUAUCAUGAACAUGGUCCUAUGUAUAAAAUAAUAUGGUUAAAAAAGAAUUGUAAGAAAUGUAAUAAAAAACCAGGUCAAUAUAGCAUUACCUAUUUUUGUCCGGAAUUGUAUUGCGUGGAUUGCAUCAAAACAAUAAAUAGGAAUAAUCACUUUUGCAAACAUUGAAAUAAAAAAUUUCUAUUAUUAUUAUUUUUUUUUUUUUUGAAAUUGUGAGGAAUAUUGAUGUACUUACUUUAAUUUACACAUAAUGUUGUUAUUAUCAUAUUAAACAAUGAAUUGUAAUUAAUUAUAAAGUAUACUAUAUAUCCAUAUAUCAAUAAGGUUGUUUCAAAAGCGUCUUUUUGUUAUCAGCAUGCA